UUCUAGUAGCUGUACUCACCGUCCUCGCCGUCCUCAAGCUCCUCAAGAUGCCAUUCGUCAAAAAGGUCAAGUCCGAUGCCUACUUUUCUCGUUUCCAAGUAAAAUAUCGCCGCCGCAGAGAGGGAAAAACCGAUUACUACGCCCGUAAACGCCUUGUAACUCAGGCCAAGAACAAAUAUAACGCACCAAAAUACCGCUUGGUGGUUAGGUUUACCAACAGAGACAUCAUUGUUCAAAUCGUCUAUGCACGUCUGCAAGGUGACUUCGUAUUGACUUCUGCACGGUCAAAAGAGUUGCCAAGAUACGGUAUCAACCACGGUCUGACUAACUGGACGGCCGCAUACGCUACCGGUCUCCUUUGUGCUCGUCGUGCACUGACUAAACUUGGCUUGGCUGACAAGUACGAAGGUGUUGCCGAGCCUGAUGGUACUCUCACCAUGACCGAGUCUCUUGACGAAGAGGAUGCUCCCCGACCUUUCAAGUGCUACCUUGAUGUUGGUCUUAAACGCACGUCAACUGGUUCUCGUGUUUUCGGUGCAAUGAAAGGAGCUAGUGAUGGUGGUAUCUUCAUUCCUCACUCCGAUAAACGAUUCCCUGGCUUCGACCCAGAAUCCAAGGAGUUAGAUGCUGAGGUACUCAAAAAAUAUAUCUUUGGUGGACAUGUUGCCGAAUACAUGGAAUCCCUUGAGGAGGAAGAUGAUGAACGAUUCAAGAAGCAGUUUGCUACUUACCUGGCUGACGGCGUUGGAUCGGAUGAUAUGGAAGAGAUCUACACUAACGCUUACGCUGCUAUCCGUGAGGAUCCCACUUUCAAACCUACGGAGAAGGCGAAGGACUGGAAAGCAGAGAGCUUGAAAUUCAAGACACCCAGACGCACUCUUGAGGAGCGUAAGGCUGCCAUUCAAGUUAAAAUUGACGCCUUCAAGGCUGGUGGAGGAGCUGCUGCUGAGGACGAUGAUGAAGAUGACGAGUAGAUUUCUCGCCUGUAUUCGUAGGACAUAUGCCCCCAUCACUCCUUGUCCUCAUGUAUCCAGAACCACCACUCAGAGUUAUGCAUAUGAAACCACGUUGCGUUAUGUCAUAUAUGUAUGGUUCGAGAAGUAUAGCUAAUAGCACAAAUGGUACUUCGUACGCAAUCUAUGGAACAAAUGAUUCAAGUCUCCAGUGAU